GGGGCGGGACCGGCGGGGCCGGGCCGGGGCUCCGGGCGCCGCGGCGGGGCCAUGAAGGACUGCGAGUACCGGCAGAUCCCGCCCGGGGCGGCGGCCACGCCAGGCCCGGGCCCGGGCGGGUCGCUGCCCCCGGCGGGCGGCGUUGCCCCGCGGGCCGGAGCGGCGAGGCGGCCCCGCAGGAAGUGGGAGGUGUUCCCGGGCCGCAACCGCUUCUUCUGCGGCGGCCGCCUCAUGCUGGCGCGGCACAGCGGCGUCUUCGCCCUCACGCUCGGCCUCAUCCUCGCCACCAGCGGCCUCUUCUUCGCCUUCGACUGCCCCUUCCUUGCCAAUCACCUGACCCUGGCCAUCCCCAUCAUCGCCGCCGUCCUCUUCUUCUUUGUCAUCAGCUGCCUGCUCCAGACAAGCUUCAGAGACCCGGGAAUCCUGCCCAGAGCCACCCCCAGUGAGGCUGCAGAUCUGGAGAAGCGAAUUGACAGCAUGGGCAGCUCCACGUACCGUCCCCCGGCCCGCACCAUGGAGGUGGUGAUCAACAAGUACGUGGUGAAGCUCAAGUACUGCUACACCUGCAAGAUGUUCCGGCCACCACGCACCUCCCACUGCAGCGUCUGCGACAACUGCGUGGAGAGAUUCGACCACCACUGCCCCUGGGUGGGCAACUGCGUGGGCAAGCGCAACUACCGCUACUUCUACGCCUUCAUCCUGUCCCUGUCCUUCCUCACCGCCUUCAUCUUCGCCUGCGUUGUCACCCACCUCACCCUGCGCUCUCAGAGGGAUGGGUUCCUGGCCACUCUGAAGACAACCCCUGCGAGUGUGCUGGAGCUGGUGAUUUGUUUUUUCUCAGUCUGGUCUAUUUUGGGCCUCUCAGGUUUUCACACUUACUUAGUCGCCUCCAACCUGACGACCAACGAAGAUAUCAAAGGGUCCUGGUCAAACAAGAGGGGCUCGGAGUUUGCCAAUCCCUACAGCCAUAAAAGCAUCCUCACAAACUGCUGUGCAGUGCUGUGUGGACCAUUCCAUCCCAGUUUAAUAGACAGAAGAGGAUUUAUCCAGCCAGAUACUGGGACCCCAUCCAGUCCCAAGAGUGAAAUCCCUUCCUUUGGAGCCAAAACUGACACCAGCAUGGUAGGAGGCAUUCCCUAGCAGUGCUGUGAUGUUCCCAGUGCCUGCUGUGCCUGCACCUUGCUCCAGCCAGUACCUUCCCCUGUCACAGCCCCGGCCUCAGCCGGGUCAGCCCUGGGACCCAGAGCUGCCAAAGACUCGAGCCAUGUGUUGCCUUCUUUUUUUACAUUUAUUUAUUACUUUUCUAUUAUUAUUAUUUGUUUCACUGUGAUGUGGCCUGCCAGGGGUUUUGCCUGACAGAGCCCAACAGCUUGUGGGACCCUUGGAGUCGUGCUGGGAACAGGGGGUCCCUGAGGAGCCCUCAGACCCCUGAGCUGCAGGGCACUGCUGUGAUUCCUGCUGGGAAUGAGAUGGGCCAGGGUGGGCACUGACAAAGGAUUCCCAGCAGGGCUGGAGGAGGUGUUACCUCCCUGCUGUCCCUGUUACCUCCAGGAUCACACCCUGUUCCCCUGGCCCCACCUGGAAGGGCAAUUCUGUCUCAGAAUCUCAGCUUCCCCUCCCCAGCAGCUGCCGUGCCUCGGUGAGUUGGGCUGUUCACCUGGGAGGACUCUGGCUCCCAGCAGACCUGGAGGCAAGUGAGGAUGUCCUGGGUGGUCCCUGCUGGUCCUUUCUUCUGGCUGGGGCUGUGUUUUGGCCCUGCCAGUUGGUCAGACACGUUUUGCAGCCAGGACACGAGUCCUGGACUCUGUAACGGGGAAGAAGAAACAUUCUGCUCUGUGACUCUCAUGCCACGCAGACCACGAGGCUGCAGGGGUGAGGUUUUGGAACUGGAGCUUCCCAGGAUUGUGUCCUGUCUAUGGGAGACCAAAAGGCAACAGAAAAGUGUGAAUUCCUGAGGGUCACACCCUUCCCAGCUGGAGUUUGCAGAGGAAGCAGUGAGGGGUGCUGCUCCCUGGUGCUCAUGGUGUGCUCUUGGUUUGGGCUGCUGAGCAGCAGAGUGUCCCCAGGGCUGUCCCCAGGGCUGUCCCCAGGGCUGUCCCCAGGGCUGUCCCCAGUGCCCUGGGAGCUGUUCCAGCUGCCCAUCCAUGAGCACCACUCUGCACCCAGGCAGCCAGCUCUGUGUCCCUGGGCUGAAGGGAGAGUCACAAACCUUGUAGCAAUACUUGAAUCGUGUUAUUAGAAGCUGCUGGAUAUUUUUGCACAAUUUGUAGGACUUUUUUCUCGGUAGAACGUUUCUGUCCUGCGUGGGGAGCGUUGUUGGCACCAGGGCAGAGGCUCACAGUGCCGAGCUGCCUGUCAGGUUUCCUUGGAUCAGACAGACCAGUUUCAGCCUCGGGCAGGGGCAGCACAUUUUGGGGGGCAUCCCAGCCCCCCUGAGUUCACCAGCAUCGUGCUUUGUACUCUGCAAGUGCCUGUGCCAGGGGGAUGGCAGAGGAGUAGUGAGGAGGGGGCUUACCAGGGGCCAGACUCCUUCCUGUUUUUAUUUAAACCAGUUUCCUUUGUUACUCAAUAAAAUUCUAUUUUUAAAGA